AUGAGCUUUCCAUUAGAAAAGGCCCAGUUCUCUUGGGACUGGCGGUGGUUGACGACUGCCUCGGUGUUCCUGCUGUCCUUUUAUGUGAUACGCUUUUAUCGCAAAGUAUCCAAAUACCCCAAAGGACCUUUCCCGCUGCCCCUGGUCGGAAAUCUCCUGAGCUUACGAAAGGAGAAGCUCUACAAGAAGGCAGAAGAGUGGUCACGCAAGUAUGGCGACCCGUUUACGCUAUGGAUGGGAGAAAAGCCGAUGUUGAUGCUGACUUCGUACCAAGUGGUAAAGGAAGCCUUCAUCGACAAACGGCACGAAUUCGCCGGACGCUUUCCGAUGAAGAUAGGUGCUCUCCAGACGCAGAAGAACCAUGACAUCGCGUUUGAAGAUUACAACCCUACGUGGAAGGCGCUUAGGAAAGUUGCGCUUACUGCAGUCAGGAAAUACGCCAUGAGUGACUCCGCGGAAACGCUCUGCGCUGAAGUCGUGGACGCCUACGUGGACUCCCUGGAGAAAGGACCUAAUACGGUAGACUCCAAGGAUCCAUUUCAGUUCAUUAUAUUCAACAUCGUCGGCACAUACGUCUUCGGAACAAGGUUUGAAAAUGAAGGUUCUGAGCUGGCCAGGAUUAGGCGGAUUAACGAGUCUGUUACCGAGCUGGCGCCCAAUGGCCUACCCAGCGACAUCGUGCCUUGGCUUGGCAUAUUGCUCCGUAACAGAGAAAAAAAGAUAGAGUCCCUCUACACCGAGUUCUUUGAGCUAAUCGAAGCGCUCUACAAGAAGGCUGUACACCGCCAUGUUCCAGGAUCGAUACAAAACUUCACUCAUUCAAUGUUGGCGGCAAGAGAAGAGGCGCUCCUGCAAAAAAAGAGUGACUCUCAGUACCUCACCGAAGCCAACAUGGUCCAGAUACUUCUAGACGUUUUCGGAGCUUCGACUGACACCACUAUCGGAGAAUUGCGGUGGUUAUGUUUGACGAUGAGUCGAAAGCCAGAGAUACAGGCAAAGAUUCAAAGAGAAAUCCAAUAUUACCUUGGGCAAACCCCACCGACCUUGCAAGCCAGGGACAAACUCCCGUAUACGGUUGCCUGCAUCUACGAGACGCUCAGGGUGUAUCCGAUCGUUCCCUUGGGCCUUCCGCACAACACAUCUUGUGACACGCAUGCGGGCGGCAAGUUUAUCCCCAAGAACACUGGCCUCCUCUACAACAUCCACGCAGUGAACCACGAUCCCGCUCUCUGGAAGGACCCGGAGGUCUUCAGACCCGAACGCUUCCUGAAUCCCAGAACGGGAAAGCUGAACCUGGAAGGCCAGCCUCCGCUCCUCACGUUCGGUCUGGGCCCCAGGACGUGUCCCGGGGAGAAGUUGGCUCACCUGAAGAUGUUUUACGUGCUCGUGCGGCUCAUGCAGCGCGUCACCUUCGGUGUGCCUGACGGAACCUCAAGCACGGACUUAAAGCAGCUUCAGUCCAAUCUAUUUCUGAUGGCAGCCGAGCAGAAAAUGGUUUUUAAGCGACGAUUCUGACUGAUGGUGCACUAAAAAAAUGCAAGGCCAGUUCAAACAUUUGUGCUUUAGUACAAUAGACAUUUUUAGAAUAUCGUAUGCAAAAGCGUCAAGUAAAAGAAUAAACAUGUGCACCGAUCGCCACUGCGUCUGCCCCGAGCCCAAACCGCAAAUUGGCUUAGCGCAUGGUGAUGACGC